AUGAGUGCACAAGCCCCCGGGCUCGUUGUCGGCUCAUGGACUCUGUACGGCUUCGCCAUUUUCAUCGUCCUCUGGCGCAUGGCCUCGCGCCGUAUGCUCUUUGGUAGUUUUCGAAAAUUCCAGCUGGACGACUACCUGAUGAUGCUAUGCGUGCUCACCUUUACCGGAGUCGUCGUGUCGUCAAACAAAGUGGCGGUGUACGGCAGCAACUAUGCCGACGACAGCGAGAUCGCCACUUGGUCGGCGCAGGAAAAGGCCAAUGCCAGGAUUGGCAGCAAGCUGCUCAUCGUCCUGGAAGAGUGCAUGAUGACUACUGUCUGGCUGGUCAAAGCCUGUCUGCUCCUGCUGUACGGCCGUCUGACUGCCGGCCUUGGCGAGAGCUACGCCGUCCGGAUUGUAGCCGUCUACUGCGCCGUCGGCUACGUCGUCGUGCAGAUCCUCUACUUUGGCGUCUGGUGCCGUCCCUUUCACGCAUACUGGGAGGUGCCAGUGCCCGAUGACCAGCCGCAGUGCAAGACGUACCGCCACCACAUGAUCACCAUGACCGCCUUUCACGUCUCGUCCGACCUCCUUAUGCUGCUGAUCCCCGUGCCACUGAUCGCGCGCACAAACUUGCCGAUGCAGCGCAAGGUCGUCCUCUGCUUCGUCUUCGGCCUCGGCCUUGCUGUCGUUCUCGUCGCCAUCCUCAACCGGUACUACAACUUCACCGAGACGAACAGCUACGUCUUUCUCAUCUGGUACAACGGUGAGGCCAGCACGGCCAUCAUGGUCGCCAACAUUCCCUUUAGCUGGACCUUGCUGCGCAAAAUUUUCUCACUCGAUGCCUGGAGCGUCUCGAGAAAGCGGAGCCAGAACGCGUCCGCCCAUCCCACCGGCACGACAGCCGAAGAUAGGAGUACGCAGAGGCACAGCCAGUACCGGUCGCUGCACGGCCUGGACGCCACCGAGAGUACGGAGCGCAUCACAGGCGACAAGUCCGGCCACGUGAGCCUGCGUGACCUCGCUCGCAGUGGCGACCUCAGCGGCGGAAAGGCCUCGGUGCGGAGUGAGACCACAGAUCUGGAGAGAGGCCUUGAAUACCCCGGGCAGGAUUGA